AUGUGCUAUGUGGGGAAAGCAACGAAGAUCUUCAUCUUCAUAGUCACAGUUCUAAUUGUUACUGGUCUGAUCUUGGGAUUUGGAUUACUUAGACAUCGCAAUCAGAAGAAUAGUAACAAAUGCUCCGAUGAUUCUUGUAACCAAAAUCAGUAUGAAAGCCCCAUAGUUGCCAAUUUCAGUAAUAACCCAGUCUCACCAUUACCAAUUCCUAAUUUACCCCCACCCCCACCACCCAUACCUACAGAUAAUCCUAGCCCUGAAACGCCUAAUUUAGCGCCACCGCCACUGUCCCCGCCUGUGGUCUCAUUGCCGCCGCCGCCACUGCCGCCACCUGCGGUUACAUUAGCUCCGCCGCCAGCAUUGAGUCCUCCAAGUCCCGUGACAGUGACGCCAGGUCCACUUCAUUCUUAG